CCAGUUCACGUGAUGGUGAGCCACCAAUCAGUGCCGUACAUAAUCCGGAAGGGAUUGCACACAGGUAAAAGCGGUGGACACACGUGGAAAGAGUUGCUUCAGGUCGGGCUGGUCUUGGCCCUUCUGAUCCAUGCGUGACCUUGGACAGGACGGGGCCGCCGGUGCCCCCCUCCCAAGACCCAAAGACGAACCUCAACGCUGACUCACCAAGCCCCGCCCCUCCAGAAGGAGGCGGAGCAAUGGGUGGCGAACGAGCGGAAGACGGUGAAGGGGAGGAGCCUGUUUUUCACGAGCUGUGGUUCAUGGCUGUGAUGGCGGCCAUCGCACUGCUGCUGAUGGCCAUCAUCUUGGCGGUCGCUCUCCACAAGGCUUUGAACAAACACCACCUCACCAGAGAGAGACCCCCCCUAGCGGCCAUGCCCAUGAAGACACGAAACCCCAUGAUGGCUGUUUAUCCUGCCAGCAACUCCAUGCUGUUUGACACUGUUCCUGACACGGUGGGCGUGGCCAGCAGUGUAACACUGAAGGCCUUCACCAUGAAGAUGGAGGAAGUGCUGGAAGCAAAAUGCGAGGCCACUCAGGACGAAGGGGGCGUGACCUCCCUGAGGCGCAGCAUCAGCCAGGUGAUGGAUGGGAAGUCGGCGCCUGAAGACAAAGCGUGGGACCCGGCGGCUGUUUGCGGCCACGACAGCGGGAUGUUCAUGGACGAUGAGGAGUUUGUGGACACCAUCAAGGGCUUCAGCACCAUCAGGAAGGAGCACACCAUGUUCACUGACACCAACCUCUGACCCGCCACGCCGCAACACACCUCCUUUCCCACAUGGACAAGAUUCCUACUUUCUGCUGGAAGGGGACGUACAAAACUUCUUCAUCCUGUUCCUGUUCCACUCCAACCUCACCCAAGAGGAGCUGGAUCAUCUUGGAUGGAUGAGCUUCCAUGCGCCUUCACGGGAAAACCUCUCACAGGUUAUGUCACUUUCCAGUUGCCCUCUUCCACAGCUGACUAGAUUUUUACUUUGACUUUAUAUGGAUGGAUUUUUCAUUGAAGUAUGUAUUUAAAAAUAGCCACAUUUGAAGAAAUUCAUCUGAAAAUUUUUUUUUUUUUAAAUGUUACAUUUUUAGUUAUACAUUUGUAAAAAAAAAUGGAUUUGCUAAUUCAAUUUUUAAGGAGGAAAAUGUAUUUCCUAUUUGAAACCCCUAAAAAAGGUAAUUAUUUAAUAAAUCUAAUUCAAAUUGAAAAUGCACAAUUCUAAAAAGUUUUCUAAGUUUUAAUUUUGUUAAAUCAAUUUGAAAUGUAAAAGUGUAGGAUGUAUGUGUAGGAUUACUUUUUUUAAAUUGAAAAUGUCAUUUCAAUUUCCAAAUGAAAAACAAUUUGGUCAUUACAUUUGUUUACAAAGUAUACAUUUAGUAUGAAUAUUGUAUUCCAAGUAUUAAAUGUAAUUUUCAUUUUAAAAUAUUAGAAAUCAUAAAUGUAAAAAAUCCUUAAAUUUAAUCCAUUGGGAAAGUGUAAAAAAAAGAUUUGAUAUUUUGGGGGGAUUAAAUUACAAUUUUAGUAUAAAUUUGAAAAUGUAUUUUUUUACACGUUUUAAAAUGUAUUUUUUUCAUACACAUUUAGCAUACAUUUGAAAUUACAUUAAGUAAUGAAAUGAAAGUACAUUAAUGGAAAAAAAAGCCACGUUCAUAUGUUCAAUAAUGGAUUUAAUGAACUUGAAAUGUAUAGAAAAUAGAAUUGAAAUAAA